AUGUAUACGCCGCAGUAUCAAGCUUCAGUAUCUUCCUUAGACAAUGAUUUGAGGGGUAAGAUGGCAGGGAAAUAUGAUCCGCAGAUGGUGGAAGAGGCGCGGGAUUGGCUUUCGCAGGUCGUUGGGGAAGAGUUGCCGCGGGAUCAGGAUUUGUUAACGGUGCUCAAGGAUGGUGUCGUCUUGUGUCGAGCCGCCGAGAAAGCAACCCCAUUGAAGUACAAAAAGAGCGCCAUGCCCUUCGUCCAAAUGGAAAACAUUGCCUCCUUUCUCAAAGCCGCCGAAGCCCUCGGCGUCCCCAAACACGAACUUUUCCAAACCGUCGACCUUUACGAAUCCAAAAACCCAGGCCAAGUCAUCUCUUGCGUCCACUCCUUCUCACGACACGCAUCAGCGAAGAUUGGUGUUCCGGGAUUGGGCCCAAAGUUGGCGACGAAGCAGGCACCGAGAGUACAGACUGAGCAGGAGAAGAGGGAGGGGGCGAAUAUUAUCAACGGGUAUCAGUAUGGGUUUGCGAGUGGUAGCCAGGGAGAUGUUGUUUUUGGUGGGAAGAGGAAUAUUGUUCUGACUCCGAAGAAGGGCAGUUCGUGA